AUGAAGUCCUUCGCUCCUCUCUCUCUUGUCUCCCUGGCGCUCGCUGGUCUGAGCAAUGCCGCUACUAUCCCAACCAAGUCACUGACUCGUCGUGCCGACUUUUGUGACCAGUGGGGAUCUACCACUACUGGCAGCUAUAUUGUCUACAACGACCUCUGGGGCCAGAGCUACGACACCUCCGGCACCCAGUGCACUGGUGUUGACUCGCUGAGCGGCACCACAAUUGCCUGGCACACCUCCUACUCCUGGUCCGGUGCCUCCAACCAGGUCAAGAGCUUUGCCAAUGUUGCGCUGCAGUUCACCGCGAAGACUCUGAGCAGCAUCAGCAGUAUCAAGUCUUCCUGGAAGUGGAGCUACUCGACCACCAGCAUCGUCGCCGAUGUCGCCUACGACAUGUUCCUGAGCUCCAGUGCAUCCGGCUCCAACGAGUACGAGAUCAUGGUCUGGCUUGCUGCCCUGGGCGGUGCUGGCCCUAUCUCCUCCACUGGCUCGGCCAUUGCCACUACUACCAUCAACGGUGUCACCUGGAAGCUGUACAAGGGCCCCAACGGCUCCAUGACUGUCUACAGCUUCGUCGCUGAGUCCACCGUUACUAGCUUCUCUGGUGACAUGCUUGCUUUCUUCACAUACCUCAUCAAGAACCAGGGUCUGAGCUCUAGCUUGUACCUCGUUGAUGUCCAGGCUGGUACUGAGCCCUUCACUGGUACUGCCAAGCUGACUACCUCCUCUUACUCUGCCGUUGUUGCGUAA